AUGGCUGGCCGUGUGCUGUUGGUGUGCGCCCUCUGCCUGCUGUGCUGCUGCGGCGGCUACACGGAGAGUGCCUCGCAUGUGCUUGAGAGUCGGAUGGAUAAGACUGAGGCAAAACUGGGAGAUUUCUUUGUUUAUAAUGCGAUUCAUGUGAAGGCGAUGAAAUUGAAAGGAGCACAAAUUGUGGAUGUUCCGCUCGCCUCGGUGCAGGCACCAGAAAGUGGCUCGAGUGGGUCUCCAAGUGGCGAGUUGGGUGGAGGUGGAUCUGAUGGUGCUGCUGGCGGUCAAGGAGGGCGGGCCUCUCCAUCUGUUGGGCCGCCCACAAACCAGCAGGGCGCCUCGGUGUCAAGUUCUCCUUCGCAGGGAGCCAUCGAACGUGGCACAACCCGCACUCCGGCUGGGGGUGCGUCUAGCGGAGGCCAGUCGAACCCGUCGAGUCAUGUUGGCGCAGAGGAGUCCAGAGAUGUGACGGCGCCGGUGUCGCAGUCCCAAGGACGAUCAGCGUCACAGCCUGGCGGUUCACACUCAGUAGCUUCGCAAGGUACGUCGGAAGGGAAAGGGGGACACGGCCGUCAGAGUGGCGGCGACGAUGAAGCAGAGGCAGGCAAUCAAAAAGAAGGGAAGCACAACGCUCCGUCAGAGACAAAAGAGCAGGGAGGCACACGAGAAGCUGCACACACUCCAGUUGUUACGGUGAAUACACCAGCUGGCGGCAGCAACGAGGAGUCUCUCCCGUUAUCUGCAAGUGACGGCGUUGGUGCUGCCAGUGGUCAGGCUGGACGGCCCACUACGGGGGACAGCAGCGACACUCAACCGCCCGUUCCUGCGGUAACAUCGGGAGCGGCAUUUGACGGUGCCGCUGGUGCACCAACGAACGGUGCGAAGGGAACAACGAGACCGCCAGCCGCCAACACCAUUACAACUGGCAGUGACAGCAGCAACGCGGUCUCGCACUGCACCUCCCCUCUCGUGCUUCUUCUCUUUGUGUUGGGGUCUGCUGCGAUGGUGGCAGCGUGA